AUGGAGACUCCUAGCAAAAAUGGAUCCACAACCGAGGAAGUUGAAGUAGAGGAAACAGAGGACUUUCAUGAUCUGGAGGAGUUCAACGAGGACGACAUCGCCUCCGGCAGCAAUGGCCAAAAGAAGGGCGAACGGUUUGUGGUUAAGAAGUGGGUGGCACAUGCAAACUGGUCGUGGGAUGUGGCGGUGGAUAACUGCGCCAUCUGUCGCAAUCAUAUCAUGAAUCUGUGCAUCGAGUGUCAGGCAGAUCCCAAUGCCAACAAGGACGAGUGCACCGUGGCCUGGGGUGAGUGCAAUCAUGCGUUCCAUUAUCACUGCAUUGCACGCUGGCUGAAGACGCGUCAUGUCUGUCCAUUGGACAAUAAGGAGUGGGUCUACCAAAAAUAUGGACAUUAGAUAAAAUUCCGGUUCAAUUGAAGUGAAUAAAAUUAUGUAUUUGUAUUGAA